GGCCAGGCCACGUCAUAUUUGGAAUCUUGAGUAUCAUGUGCGUGGGCAUCAUUCCAGCACAACGGGGGUUGGGUGCCUGUUGGUGGGGACUCUCUCUCGCUAGCUUUCCCAAGGAGAGAUCAUCAUAGAACCAUAUGGAUGAUGAUGAAUAUGCCAAGCUCUUCCGUAGAAUGAAUCCCCCCAGAGUUGUAAUAGACAAUAACGCUAGCGAUGAUGCCACUGUUAUUCAGGUUGAUAGUGUGAACAAACAGGGGACGCUCUUGGAAGUUGUGCAAGUCCUCACUGACAUGAAUCUUGUCAUCAAGAAAGCUUACAUCUCUUCUGAUGGCGGUUGGUUCAUGGACGUCUUCAAAGUCAUCCACCAAGAUGGCAACAAGAUCACUGACCCUCAACUCCUUCACUUUAUCCAAAUGAGGAUAGAGCGCAACGCUGGCUGGUUUAUUCCACCAUUAACAAGAAGCUCAGUUGGUGUCAUGCCCUCUGAUGAAUACACCACCAUCGAGCUCGCUGGAACCGACAGACCCGGUCUCUUGUCUGAAGUAUCUGCCGUUCUCACAGACCUUCACUGCAACGUUGUCAACGCUGAGAUAUGGACUCACAACACCAGAGCUGCUGCCGUUAUUCACGUCACCGACAACACUACUAAUUCAGCUAUUACUGAUCCAUGUCGCCUCUCCAACAUCAAACAUCUGCUGUGCAACGUAGUCGGCUCCAGGGAUGCAAAAACCGUCUUUUCUGGCUCGGAUACACACAGGGAGAGACGCUUGCAUCAGAUCAUGUUUGAUGACAGAGAUUAUGAGGGAGUCAACAAAAGACCAAGUGUUACAUCGGAGGGGUCAAAAAAGCCCAGUGUCGUCACGUUGACAAACAUUGACAAGGAUUAUACCGUUGUUACCAUGAGGUCCAAAGAUAGACCAAAGCUUGUGUUUGAUGUAGUUUGUACCUUGACUGAUAUGCAGUAUGUGGUUUUCCAUGGCAUGGUUAGCACAGAACCACCAGAGGCUUAUCAGGAGUUUUACAUCCGUCAUGUAGAUGGUCUUCCCAUAAACUCAGAAGCGGAGCAAGAACGUGUUAUACAAUGUCUUGAAGCAGCCAUUGAGAGAAGAACGUCCGAGGGUUUAGAGCUGGAAUUAAAAUCAGAAGACAGAGUUGGACUCCUCUCAGACAUAACUAGAACAUUCCGAGAGAACAGCUUAACGAUCGUGAGAGCAGAGAUUUCAACGCGAGAGGGCAAAGCUAAAGACACUUUCUACGUUACAGACGUGACAGGAAACGCUGUUGAGUCAAAAAUCGUGGAUUCAAUAAGAAAAGAAAUAGGAGUAACCAAACUUAAAGUUAAGAAACAGAACGAGGAAUCCUCUGUUCGCAGUGCUUCCCAAGAAACAACAAUAGGGUAUUUGUUUAGCAACAUCUUCAACAAAUAUAAGCCUCUCCAUUAACUGUCCCAUUAAAGUAUUUGUGUUCAUUGUAUAGAUAACAAAACUAUUAAUUAUACAGGGUUAGGUAGAGGGUAUCAUAAGUUAAGGUGGUUGCAAAAAGUAACCGUCUUGUGAAACAAAAGUGGAGAAAUCCACUUGUGUGUGUGGUCAAAUAACAGUGGACAUGUUUUUUUUUCUUUGAACAACAAACAGUGGACAUGUUUAUAUAUUUAUGUUUAAUAGUCCUUUGAGGAAACUUGUUUGGAACAGAGCUCUGACGAUUGAGAUAUAAAACUUC